CCCGUUAUUUUCACCAUUCAUAAUUUAGUCAUCUUUACAAUACAGCGUCUUUCGGGGUAACUUUAAAAAGGCGUGAUUUAUGAUCUAAAGGUUUAACCAUUUAUAAUUAGAAUUUUGUACCCAAAUCAAUCCCUCGCAAUGAACAAUAAAGAACCUAUCACAGGACAUAAGAUAAUUUUGUAACUAUUAGAUUUGAAUGAUUCUUCCUAAUAUAUCAAAGGAAUGAAGCCGCACCUGCGCGUGCGCGACAGUUUGAAGACAAACCGCCAUGAAACUUCAGUUAAGUCUCCACUUUGGUCUGAGUUCGUUCGAGCUAACUGUUUUGUCUCGACUUGGCUAUUGUAACGUCCUGCUAGUGCUUAUUUUAAGGUCCCGCUGUCUUCUCGUCGACAACAGGAGAUGUGCCAAAUUUCUGCAUGAUGAAUAACAAUCCUACACAACAGCCAGACGCCCACCUGACUGGACUCCAUCUACUUGAGCCUCCAGUCUCCUCCCUCAAAAUCCCUCCUCCCCUAUUGUCCAUCUGCCCAGCCCCUUCAUUAACUCUAGUAUGAAAGCCUCUUGCUGGCAGUCAGACUACCAGAUCCUCAGAGGAGCUUCACUCACACAAAAAAACCUCACACACAGACCAGAACUCGGGUCUGGACACAGAGAUACAGUUGGCUGCCAAAUCAUAAUCAGUGUACCUCUGAGUGAGGCCUCGGUUUGCCAAAUCUCUCUUAUCUAACACAGACAUGGAGCUCCACAGUGGGCAUAGACCCUUCCACCACAGCCACCUGGGUGAGGAGAAGCAUCAGAUGCUGAACCUGAACCAACGCCUGGAGACCUACUUGAGCCGGGUCAAACUCCUGGAGGAGGAAAAUGCGCUGCUUGCAAAGGAGAUCCAAGCUCUGAGACACAGCAAUAACGGAGCCUCGACGCGCAGGAGAGGUCUUGAGGAAGAGCUGCGUCAGGCGAGACGGGAGGUGGAUGCAGCCUGGAAGGACCGGGUCUACACAGAGCUGGAGGUUAGCAAGCUGACUGAGGAGCUCCAAGCCCUGGACUUUCAUAGGCAGAAGGAGGCUCAGGCCCAGGUGGAGGCUAAUAAAAAGCUGGAGCAAAGCAGGAAAGAGCUAGAAGAGGAGCAUCGGGCACAGAUCUGGCUCAAGCAGAAGGUCAGUCAGCUGGAACAUGAGAUGAGGCUCCUAAUUCAAACCCACCAGGACAAUGUGGCCCAUUUGGAGGCCAAAAUUACCCAUUCCAGAGCCACAGUGCCACCCACAUUGGCUCAAAGGGGCAUCCUGACACCAAACCUCCAACAGCUGGAGCAGGAGUACUCCCAGAGGGUCAGCAGGGCAUGGCAACAGACAGCAGAGGCCUAUGAGGGUCAGUUAGCUCGGCUAGAGGAGUCGCUCAACCAGACCAGAAACCGUUUGAUGCAAGUGGGCCAGGAGAAGAGUGAGAGCCAGCUAAAACUCCAAGCCCUGGAGAAGGAGAUCGCAUCAGCCCAAGAUGUCAGGCUGCAUCUGGAGAAGACUGCAUCCCAACAGAGAGACAAAUACAGCCAGGAGAUCCAGCAGCUCCAGGAUCACUUGGAGGGCCUGGAGGUGGAGAAAGAGGAGCUGGGCCAGCAGAUUGAUCAACUCCUCCUGAAGAACCGAGGCCUGCUGCAGCUGAAGAUGUCUCUGGGCCUGGAGGUCUCCACAUACAGAGCUUUGCUGGACAGUGAAAGCUUUAGGGGAGACAUCUCUUUGUUAAAUCAGCCAAGAAACAUUUCCAUCACAGAUGCAGUUUUCAGUCCUCAGGGACUUAAAGAGAAUUACCAGACCCAGCUGCCUGCUCGCCACAACACCACUUCCUUCUCAUCUGUCUAUGGCUUAACAGGAAGAUCGAAAGCAACGGCAAGAAAUGCUGUAUCAGUCUGGGGUCGAAAACCUGUAACCUUCACUGAAACUCCCCAGGUUUCGAAAAAACAUGCAGAUGAUGACACAACAAAGUCAUCAACAUGGGAAACCCCUUAUCCAAAAAUACUGCAGGAUGGAGCAAUUGAAAAUUUCAGACCACAGGAAGUUCAUGAGAAAGUAACCUAUGCUGAACCUCUUUCACCUCCUAAUGAGCAGGAGGCUCCUAAUGAAACAAUAUUUGUGGACCAAGAAGGGAAAAAGGAUUGGAACAAUGUUGGUGUUGAACCUCCUGAGGAAAAACCAGUAGAGUCAGUUGUCAGUUAUCAGGUUGAGUCUGGCCUCAGCAACAAGCUGCACGUCAAUGAUGAAAUUACUCAACAUCAAUUUACAACACUCAACAUUGCACCAUACCAAGGGGUGACGACAGAGGAGCCCUGCAGUUUCUUAGAUGAACCUGAUAAUGGUGUACCUUACAAAAUGUCAGCUGAAGGUCAAGAAUUGGAACAGCCACAUGCUCCAAUUGAUGCAUGGGUAGAGAAAGAGUGUAUAGGCAAAGAGGUAGAGCAUAUGAAAGAGGAAACCUCGGAUUCUGAAACAGAGGCAGUACUUGAACCAACCUUUGAAUCAAGAACAAGCAGCCCAAUAUCUGAAUGUGAGCCUGAAGAAAGCAUGUUUAAUCAAGUGACAGACUUCAGCCGAGAUGAAAACGUCUUAAAGGAGGAUGCAGUUGAGAUAAGGCGAGAAAUAAGCUGUUCCAUGAUAGGAACUAAUGAGAUGGAGGUUGAGGAUAAGUUGUACCCCGAUGGAGAGGAGAUGGAUACAUGGGAUAGUGUGAUGGAAAGGAAGGUUGAUCUGAAGACGGAUGAUGACAUAAAAAAGGAUGAAACAAAACAACAACAUGCUGAACCAGAGGAGGACAUAUCAGUAAGAGAAGAAGAGCGUAAUAAGAAAGACACAAGGCAGGAUUUUGCCACUGAUGUACAGCAAGAUGACAACAUAGCAUCUUCACUGAUGGACAGACAGCAUGCUGUGUUAGGAAAAGAGCAUUCACCACUUUCUGACAACGAAGAAGAAGAAGAAAACGAUGAAGAGGAGGAUUCUCAAAAUGUCUCAGUGUCAUGGAAGACCGAGCUGGAGAGUGACAGCUAUGCUCUGGACAACACUCUUGCUGACACUCGUCCUUUGAUUCGAUACAAGAGCGACGAGACUGACGCCAAUACUCAGGCGUCACACAUGGAUGAGAGCGAGUCCAGUGAAGGUGAACAAGAAAAGAAGGUUGUAGAGACGGGAACUGGAACGUGGAGUGAAGGAAAGUCAAAGAAAUUUGGAACCAUGGAAGACCUGUGCGAAGAAGCUGAAGGAGAAGCAUUGGAUGAUGAAUAUGAUCUGGGAUACACUCAUACUGAGGACAGGGAUGUUGGCCAUGGUAUGACUUUGAGUGAGAAUGCUACACCGGUGAAUGAUGAUGAAAAUACAGAAGAAAUUAUCAAGAAAGUCAGUGAGGGACAUUCGGAUGAAGAAACUGAGGAACUUGCCAAACCUGUGGUACCCUCAUAUGUAGACUAUGAUGAGGAGUUGGAGACAGACAGACUUGUGGAACAGGAAUUGGAAAACCUAUCAACAGACAGCUACGCUGUUCACUUUGCACAGCAGCAGGACGAUGAGAGUGAGGAGGACGAAUUCCUCAAGGAAAUGACAGAGCAAGAGGAGGCUGGCAAAACAAAAAUGGAAGACAUGUCUUCCUGUACAGAGCCUGAUGUGACAGUAAACCAUGGACUUGCAUCUUCUACUGCAAUUAUCAAUCAAACUGAUGAGAACCUAUAUUUCAGUGAUUUGUCAGUGGUAGUGCCUCAAACAGACACUCUGGCUGAUGAGGAGGUCCACAAUGAAGAUCAAGAAGCUAUAGAUGCCCCAGAAAAAAGAGAGGGAGAGGAUGAACACAAUGUGUCCAUGGUGACACAUGCUGAUAUAACAGAAGAUCAGUCUAUAUUUAGUGACUUCAUCAGCAGGCCUGAUAUGGAGGAAAUAAACAACUCAGAGGACCCAAAGUCCACGCUACAUCUAACAGCAGAUCAAGAAAAUCUGCAGGAUGCGACUGUCCCCACUGAUGUGGAAGAGGCUACACCUGUAGAAGCAUCCAGUGUGUCUCAAGAACACGAAAUGGAGGAUGUUGCAGACUGUCAGGCACAUCCUGAAGUUCCAGAAACAACUGAAUGGGAAGUCCUAGAGAACCCAAGCGAGGACUUUGAAGUCAGAGAUCAGAAUGAAAAUGACGAAAAAUAUGAUAAUGUGCUGGAAUCAGCUGAAAGUUAUCUUCAUGAUGAUGGAAGCACUGAUGAGGGUGCCAUGACACCUAAAGAGGAGCCCCUUGAGACUUCCCCUGACAGUGUACCUGAGGAAAACGACAUCUUUGUGGUGAAGGACUCAACGGAAAUUUUGAAAACAAAUGGCAAAGACAGCGGCCUGCAUGGUUUCUUCAGCUCUGGUGUGAAUAAUGACUUCUGGGUGUCCUCCCUGGAGACCGGCGCCACUUUUCAACCAGAUGAUGCCUGUAAUGAAGCAGCUGAGCAAACCAAUAAGAAUCUAGGGUUUGAUGACCGCCUAGUUUGGGGGAAUUCAGAAAAUUCAAAUGUGGUAAAUGGGAAGUUCAGGUUGGAUAUUGACUCAUCUAAAGCCCCGGUACCUAAGAAAGAACAGGAGCAGAUGCAUUCGGAGGUGAAGCAGGUGUUAUUUGGAAAAGUUGAGGGUGAGAUGGUCCAAUCUGAGGAGUCUGAAGUUGAGGGUGAAUCCUGGUCAUCUGUGGAGGAAUAAGUAUAAAAGUAGCGAGGGGUAUACUUAAAUCAGUUUAGACCUCAUCAGCAUUAGUCAGAUGAAAAUUAGAUUUUGCUGUAAUAUGUAUUUACUAUGAAAGCCAAAUUUGUGCCUAGGUGCGCACCCCAGUGACGCUAACCACCAAUGUGCCAAUUCUAUCUAUACAGAUACUGAGCAAUUGCUUCAUUUCCGUAAACUGACAUAUUUGAUGAAACUUUUUUCCCCGCUCUAUUCUAAUUAUUAAAACAUUUCAGUCUUUCAGUGUGCAUGUAAUGGAAGAAGGUUCAGCAUUUCUGCAUGAGGGAACAGCAUGAAGACAGAACAAAGAAUGUCAUUUGAAAGUCAACGUAUCAUUGAUCGCUGCCUAAUCUGAUUUUACUCACUGAUGGAAAUCAAUGAGACCAGGAGGGUAGGAUUCCUUGUAGAGCUGCUGUUUCACAGUGUAUCAGACAGACAGCUAGUGUUUCUGCUGGACAACUGACCUACUUUUGCAUGUUUUACACAUAUAGAAUGAAUGGUUGGUUGUAAAAGGUUGUUAAAGCUGUAACAGAUGACCUGAUUUGGAUAAGCAAACUAUGUUAUGUUUGUAUUUGGUUGGUCUGUAUGAAGCACAUCAGUUUGACUCUUUAUUUCCAUUCAUAAAGUUCAAUUUCGCUGCGGUACAUUUACAGCUCCAAAUAAAACUGUAGAUUCAUGAUA